GUUAAAUUUGCCAUUAUUAUUUUACAAACGCAAUGCAUUGUUUCCUUUAUUAAUGCAACUUUUAUUUUAUUCCCUCCCCAACAAAAUUGGCAGCAAUGCACCUGGUCCACUGUCCCCUCGAGUACACAACAAGCCAAAGUCCAAAAUUUCUGCAUCACGAAAACUCUCUCUAAAGAUCCUUUUGCUCCAGAGAGCCAUGGAUGAGUUUGAGCAGGAGAAGCUCAAUCGUGAUGAGGAGAAGGUAAAAUAUCUGAGCGAGAAGCUUCCACUUCUUCAGAUGACUGGCCUCUCAAUGGAGGAGCUGCAGAAACUGUGUCGACAACUUCACGCCAAAAUCGAUGCGGUCGAUGAGGAGAGAUACGACUUUGAGCACAAAGUUAUUAAAAACAAUAAAGAUAUCCAUGAGUUGAAACUGAAGGUGCAGGAUUUAGGAGGGAAGUUUAAGAAACCUGCUCUGAGGAAAGUGCGUGUCUCUGCUGACGAGAUGAUGAGGGCUCUGCUGGGCUCCAAACACAAGGGCUCCAUGGACCUCAGGGCCAACCUCAAAUCUGUGAAGAAAGAGGACAUUAAACAAGAGAAGGUUAUAUCCACAGAGGUGGGCGACUGGCGUAAGAACGUUGAGGCCAUGUCUGGCAUGGAGGGCAGGAAGAAGAUGUUCGAUGCUGCUGGUGGAGGACAGUAAAGAAAGUGUGUGUGUGUCUAAUGUGUAUGUUGUGUGUUUAUUAAUGUAUUAGAGACAGGUUUAGUCAAAACAAUGAAAAUCACCAAUAAUAACUUGAACGCUUGUAUAGGUAAGCUUGAACCUAUACAAAUAUAAAAAUAAAAUGUUUAAUGUUUCUUUGUUAAUGUAUACUUUUUACCCAUUUAAGGCUAUUAAAAUGUUCA